AUGGUCCAGUGUCCUCUUGCCCCUGGUAGGGCAGGUGAUGUGUUGGUGGAAGUUUAUCACUGCACGUUUGAGGUUGGCACUGUUAAAGUCCCCCGCCACAAUAAGGGCAGCAUCCAGAUGAUGAGUCUGGUGUUGAAAAAACCGAAACCUCAACUCACAUCAAGCCUUAAAGGAGCUGCACUGACAGGAAACUCAGUGACUCUGUCCUGUACACUGAAGCCACACCCAGUCUACUACACACACUACAGUGAUGAACUCCCACUAAAAGUUAUUGAGAGUCCUAAACCUGUGGUGAUUAUAAAGCCUUAUACACAGGUGUUCAGAGAAGAGACUGUGACUUUCAGCUGUGACAUACAGGGAGGAGGAGACACUGAGUGGACGUACGACUGGUAUAGGGACGAUAAAACAUUCAACCCAUCCAUCACAGCACAGGGGAUCAUCAUCAGUGAUUAUGACAGUGGUAAAUACACCUGCAGAGGGAGGAGAAGUGACUCUCAGAUCUCAAAGACGAGUGAGCCUGUUACACUCACUGUAUCAGAAAAACCUAAACCUCAACUCACAUCAAGCCUUAAAGGAGCUGCACUGACAGGAAACUCAGUGACUCUGUACUGUACACUGAAGCCGCAGUCUGAUGGAUGGAAGUUUUACUGGAGCAAACGAAGACAGAGAACUGAGACUGAGACUAAAACACACUCCUACACCAUCAACCCAGGUAGUGUCUAUGAUCGAGGUUAUUACAAGUGCAGAGCUGGAAGAGGAAACCCAGUCUACUACACAGACUACAGUGAUGAACUCAGGGUAGACGUUAUUGAGAGUCCUAAACCUGUGGUGAUUAUAAAGCCUGAUACACAGGUGUUCAGAGGAGAGAGAGUGACUUUCAGCUGUGACAUACAGGGAGGAGACACUGAGUGGACGUACGACUGGUAUAGGUAUAGGAACCAUAACACAUUCUACACAUCCCACACAACACAGGAGAUCAUCAUCAGUGAUUAUUACAGUGGUAAAUACACCUGCAGAGGGAGGAGGAGAAGUGACUCUCAGAUCUCAAAGACGAGUGAUCCUGUUACACUCACUGUAUCAGAAAAACCUAAACCUGAACUCACGUCAGAUCUUAAAGGAGCUCUACUGAGAGGAAACUCAGUGACUCUGUCCUGUACACUGAAGCUGCAGUCUGCUGGAUGGAAGUUUUACUGGAGCAAUCACACACAGAGCACUGAGACUGAAGCUAAAACCGACUUCUACACUACUACUGUAAACAGCUCAGUUAGUGUCUCUGAUGGAGGUCAGUACAGGUGCAGAGCUGGAAGAGGAAACCCAGUCUACUACACACACUACAGUGAUGCACUCUGGGUAAAUGUUACUGAGAGUCCUAAAGCUGUGGUGAUUAUAAAGCCUGAUAAACAUGUGUUCAGUGGAGAGACUGUGACUCUCAGAUGUGAAAUACAGGGAGGAGGAGACACUGAGUGGACAUACAGCUGGUAUAAGAAAGAUAACACACUCUACCCAUACCGCACAACACAGGAGUUCAGCUUCAGCUCAGUUAUAACUGAUAACAGUGGUAAAUACACCUGCAGAGGGAGGAGAAGCAGUGACUCUCGGAGCUCAGAGAUCAGUGAUGCUGUUACACUCACUGUAUCAGAUGCAGCAGAGGCAGUAGUGAGUGUGUCUCCACUGCGCUGGCUGACUGAAGGAGACUCAGUGACUCUAAGCUGUGAGGUUAAACAUUCCUCUACAGGCUGGACAUUCAGCUGGUACACUGCUGUUCCCUACAGAAACGGCUUAAUUGAAGUAACAGGCCAUCGUGGCAAUGUCUUGUAUGGUUUAGAGCUCCUCUCAGACAGCAGCAGAGGAUCUGGAGGCUCCUACACUCUCACUAAUGUUACUGUGAAUCACACAGGAGUUUAUAUGUGCAGAGCAGAGAGAGGAGAAUCAGUCUUUCACACACAGGACAGUAACCUACAGCCACUGUGCAUCACUGGUGAAUCUCCUCCAGUGUCUCUGAUCAUCAAUCCCAGCAGAACUCAACACUUUACUGCUGACUCUCUCUCACUGAGCUGUGAGGACCAGAGUGACUCUACUGGAUGGACAGUGAGAGGAUACACACACAGUGAGAGAGUGUCUGAUUGUUCAUCAGUUUCAGGAUCUACAUGUAACAUCAGCCCCCUCUCUACAUCACACACUGGAGUUUACUGGUGUCAGUCUGAAUCUGGAGGACGCAGUAAUCCUGUCAACAUCACAGUGCACAAUGGUGAUGUGAUCCUGGAGAGUCCUGUCCAUCCUGUGACUGAGGGAAAUCCUCUGACUUUACGCUGUUUAUAUCGCAACUCAAGUAUCUCAGCCUCUGGUGUUGAUUUCUAUAAAGAUGGUUCAGUCCUGCAGAACAAGACUACAGGAGAGAUGACCAUCAGUAAUGUCUCAAAGUCAGGUGAAGGUUUCUACCACUGUAAACACCCAGAGAGAGGAGAGUCACCGAAAUGCUGGGUUUCAGUCAGAGCGAGACCAAAGCCUGUAGUGAAAAUACAGCCAGCUGGGCGCGUGUUCCUUGGGGAGACCGUCACUCUCACAUGUGAGAUUCAGACUAGCGGCAGUACCUGGCAGUAUCACUGGUAUAGGGAUAACACAGAACUCAGUGAUGCUGCAGGAAAGAAAACAUACACAAUCUCUGAUAUUAAAGACUCUGAUAAAGGUGAUUAUACAUGUUAUGGAACAAAGUCAUCAGAUCCUAAAUACACACAGACCAGUGAUGGUGUUACACUGACUGUAUCAGAAAAUCCUAAACCUGAACUCACAUCAGACCUUAAAGGAGCUGUAAUGAUGGGAAACUCAGUGAAUCUGUCCUGUACACUGAAGCUGCAGUCUGAUGGAUGGAAGUUUUACUGGAUCAAACACACACAGAGCACUGAGACUGAGACUGAAACACACUCCUACACCAUCAGAUCAGUUAGUGUCUCUGAUGGAGGUCAGUACAAGUGCAGAGCUGGAAGAGGAAACCCAGUCUACUACACACACUACAGUGAUGCACUCUGGGUAAAUGUUAUUGAUGGAAAAGCUCCACUGUCGGUACUGAAGCUCCUCAGCAGUGCAGUAGCGGCCUCUCCGUAUGUGCUGGUGACCAUCAUUCUGGCAGUGAAAUGUUACAGAGCUCGAACUGACCCUGAUGAGGACAACAGACCGUACAGAGUGAUAGAAGCUGAAGCAUCUGUCUGAGUCUCAGGUUUUUACAUUAUUUUUUAUCAUCUAGCUUUUAAAUAACAGCAGCUCCCCAUGCAACAGAGAACACAUUCGUGUAUGUGCUCUGUCAGUAAGUACAGUUUUAGUGAUGAGUGGCUGUGAUGUUUCUGUGAUUUUGGAUGAAAGCUUUAAAUUCUAAUCAUGUGUUAUGUUUUUUUGCAUUUAUUUUCACUUUUUAACAGUCCCUCCAGGAUCACAGAAAUUAACACAAAAAUCAAAGAAACUCCAUAAUAUUCAGAUUCAAUAUUCAGCUUGCAAUCUUUCAAAAUUAGCUCAGAUUCUCCGCAGAUUUGGGCCAAGACGCAUCAUGUGACAUGCACAAUGUGCAUUCAGCCAAAGCCCUCUUCCAUUCAUGUUGAACAUGAGUACAGCAAAAAGGUCUCAUUUA